CGCACUCGCGCUCACCUUGCCUACCAUGCCUAGAAACCCCGACGCCUACGUGCGGGCCAUGAAGCCCGCAGAACUGCCUCAAGUGAUAGACCUCCUAACGCGGGCCUUCAUCAACGACCCGACAAUGUGCUACUACGGCCACGUUUCGGCUCUGGUGCAAGACCCUGCAAACCCGACGCCCUCACACGCAGAGGCCAUCCGUGACCUGCGGGUGUUCUGGAACGCAAUGGCCCGAAUCCCUCUGCACAUCGGCGGGAAUAUCGACGUCGUCGUCGCGCCGUCCUCUAGUACGAACGGCUCCGCCGACCAUGCGCAAGGGUCAGCGGCGCCGGCGGAGGAGCAGAUCGUAGCGGUCGCGCUGUGGCUCCCGCCCGGCACUUCGCUGGACUUCUCCCUCGCCACGCUACUCCGCGCUGAGUUCCACAAGGUCCCGUUCGUGUGGGGUUUCACGGGCUCGAAAAGACUGAUCGAGUUUACCCCGGCGGUCGAGAAGACGCUCAAACGGGAGUUCAAGAGCCGCAAGGUCGACCGCCUCGACACAUGGCACGUCUGGGCGAUCGCCGUCGAUCCGGAACACCAAGGCGCAGGCUACUCCUCCAUGCUGUUCCGCCACGGGUUCCGUCGUGCGUCUCCCAAGGUGAUCCACCUCGUCGCGUCGAAGCCUAAGAACAAGGACAUCUACGAGCACUUUGGAUUUGAGACGGUUGAGACACACAUAGUGGGCGUUGGCAAAGUGGAUGCCGCCGGACUCAAGGCCAGCGGCGAUGCCGCUAAGGGCGUUCCAGAGUUCGUAAUGAUCAAGUGGACGUCAUGAACCACUAGGCUUGCAGUGCGCUGUGGAACGGUGGAUUCCGCUCACCGAGCGACCAGGGCGUGUUUGUUCGAGAGAAGCCUAUCGUUAUGCACCUACCAGCGACUCGCUGGCUUUGGAGGCGGGGACGAGGAGACAGUGUGGGAUGUGUACGCGGACUUCGACGAUGCCGUGAUGCGGUACGGUACUCGACAGCUUUCGGGAUCGGUGACACCAGGUAUGUGUGCUAGCCUGGGUAAGGAAUGGGAGAGGUGCCUUCG